AUGGAAGCUCGUAGCAGAAGUCGAACAGUGGCUGUAGCAGCUGCAGGAGGAGUAUCUUUGAGAGAAGAAAUUGAGAUGAAGCUUCUACUUCUCGAUCAGUCCUUUCUUUCUUGUAAAGUCAGAAUCCGAACGGUGAAUACCAGAUCGUAUCCUCCAGUGAGGCUGACUUUGAUUUUGUGUGUAUCAUGGUUAAGUGGGCUCGCUGCAGCCUACAAAUUGAAAUCGCAUGGCUUCAAUGUUACGGUGCUUGAAGCGGAUGGAAGAGCUGGAGGAAAGCUAAGAAGCGUCUCAUACAAUGGACUUAUCUGGGAUGAAGGAGCCAAUACAAUGACUGAAAGUGAACCAGAGGUCCAGUGCUUAUUUGAUGAUCUUGGACUUCGAGAGAAACAACAAUUUCCAAUUUCUCAAAGCAAACGAUACAUAGUGAGGAAUGGUCUGCCAAUUUCUCAAAGCAAACGAUACAUAGUGAGGAAUGGUCUGCCAAUUUCUCAAAGCAAACGAUACAUAGUGAGGAAUGGUCUGCCAAUUUCUCAAAGCAAACGAUACAUAGUGAGGAAUGGUCUGCCAAUUUCUCAAAGCAAACGAUACAUAGUGAGGAAUGGUCUGCCAAUUUCUCAAAGCAAACGAUACAUAGUGAGGAAUGGUCUGCCAAUUUCUCAAAGCAAACGAUACAUAGUGAGGAAUGGUCUGCCAAUUUCUCAAAGCAAACGAUACAUAGUGAGGAAUGGUCUGCCAAUUUCUCAAAGCAAACGAUACAUAGUGAGGAAUGGUCUGCCAAUUUCUCAAAGCAAACGAUACAUAGUGAGGAAUGGUCUGCCAAUUUCUCAAAGCAAACGAUACAUAGUGAGGAAUGGUCUGCCAAUUUCUCAAAGCAAACGAUACAUAGUGAGGAAUGGUCUGCCAAUUUCUCAAAGCAAACGAUACAUAGUGAGGAAUGGUCUGCCAAUUUCUCAAAGCAAACGAUACAUAGUGAGGAAUGGUCUGCCAAUUUCUCAAAGCAAACGAUACAUAGUGAGGAAUGGUCUGCCAAUUUCUCAAAGCAAACGAUACAUAGUGAGGAAUGGUCUGCCAAUUUCUCAAAGCAAACGAUACAUAGUGAGGAAUGGUCUGCCAAUUUCUCAAAGCAAACGAUACAUAGUGAGGAAUGGUCUGCCAAUUUCUCAAAGCAAACGAUACAUAGUGAGGAAUGGUCUGCCAAUUUCUCAAAGCAAACGAUACAUAGUGAGGAAUGGUCUGCCAAUUUCUCAAAGCAAACGAUACAUAGUGAGGAAUGGUCUGCCAAUUUCUCAAAGCAAACGAUACAUAGUGAGGAAUGGUCUGCCAAUUUCUCAAAGCAAACGAUACAUAGUGAGAAAUGGUCUGCCAAUUUCUCCUAGCUGCUACUGUUUGGGAUGAGGCCUUUAAGGUUGCU